UGGCAUGUGUCCUUUAAACCCCCCACCCCUUUCCCUGCACCUUUGGUGCCCUCAGAUGCUGGGGAGCAAGCGACUGGGGCUGUCCCGCCUGGCGCUCGCCCUGUCCCUGCUCGUGUGCCUGGGCGCGCUGACCGAGGCGUACCCCUCCAAGCCCGAGAAGCCCGGGGAGAACGCGUCUGCGGAGGAGCUGGCCAGAUACUACUCUGCGCUGCGACACUACAUCAACCUCAUCACCAGGCAGAGAUAUGGGAAACGAUCCAGCCCGGAGACACUGAUUUCAGACCUCUUGCUGAGUGAAAGCACAGAAAAUGUUCCUCGAACUAGGCUGGAAGACCGCUCUAUGUGGUGAUGGGAGAGGAAACUUGUUCUCCGGGCUUUGCCUAUUUUCCAACCCCACUUUCAUUCUGUUAAGCUAUAGAGUCUGCCUGUCCUCCCAUUGCAAGCAGCCCCUGUGCUCCACUCUGCAGAGCUCUCCUCUGUCAUCGUUGUAUAUAUGUGUGUUUCAAUAAAGUAACAUGCAU